UAGUUCUCCACGAGGGGACCGGUUAUCGUUACGAUCUGCUCAUCGUCGUCGUGAUAUUGUUUUUGAGACUGGCUUAGUCGCCAUCCAGAACGUCUACCAACAACAUCACCAUGAUACUACAGGUAUCAUCAUUAUGUGUGUUUCUUUUAAUCGCUGGUUCCUGUUGGGCAGAUCAGCAACAACAACUGGGAAUUUCUAGUUCUCUAGAUGCAGAGUCCAUUAACGACUUGGCAAAAAAACCUCUGAAACUGGAUCCAAAGUUACGUAAAGCUUUGCUCAAAGUACUCAACCGAUUGGAAGAAGAGGAUAGAUUAACCGAAGUAAAGCUGGCGCAAGUUGAAUCACAACAAUUCCAACAAAGAGAACAACAGCAACAGCAGCAGCAGCAGCAGAAUCAGCAGCAGCAACAGCAGAAUCAGCAGCAGCAACAGCAGAAUCAGCAGCAGCAACAGCAACAACAGCAACAGCGGAAUCAGCAGCAACAGCAGAAUGAGCAACAUCAGCAACAACAAAGACAAAGGCAACAACAUCAACGAAAGCAAAUACGAUUACUAGAUCAACAACAAAUACAAAUACUAGGCCAACAGCAAAUUCAGUUACAAGAUCAACAGAAUAGACAGUUACAGAAUCAAGAGCAGAGAUUGGAGCUGACGCAGGACCAAGAGCAGAUACUGGAACCGUCGCAGGAUCAAGGAGUUCAGAUACUACAGCCACAAGACUUACAACAGCGACAGAACUCACAAUUGCAAUUGAAACUCAACGUACAAGAGCCAACGGAACUAGUGCAACAAGAACAGCAGGUCUUUACGUCGUCACAGACGCCGACAGUAGCAUUGCCCACUUCAACAGUAGCGUUGACCACUCGCACCGAAGCAUUGCCUACUCCGACGGUAGCGUUGUCUACUUCAGUCUCGCCCAAGACGGCAACAGUAACGCUAGCUGCGUCCACGUCAUCAGCACUGUUACCCCCACUGUUGCCGACGCUCUUGCCACCCACACUCGAUUCAUCCGAGGCCCCUAAGACCGUGUCGAUCGUCAAUGACAACGCACCAAACAAUGCACUGCGUACGACGCCGACUGCGUCCACGGCACCAGCCACAGACACUGGGACCGUGGUUGACUUUUUCGAGGCACCCUUACUGACGGCAUUCACGGUGCAACAGGACUCGGCGGGCGUCCCGCGGCGCGUCAUACCCAUUUUCACGGAACCGGGACAACUGGAGAGGCAGAAAAUACUGGCCCUGGAAACCCGAGCGGAAUCAGGUGACAGUGGUGACCGGAACACAGUUGAACCAGACAGGAGUGAACUGGAGUUCCUGAAAAGCGUUGAGUUGUCGAAGCAACGGCUACAGUCGGUACAAUCGCGGGAAGAACUACAGCAACGAGAGUCGUUCGCCGUGCAUCAACAGCUGAGGUUCCAACAACAACUGCAGCAGAGGGCGGUGCUUGAAGAACAACAACAGCUGCAACAGAUCGUCCAACAACGACAACUGCAACUGCAACAACAGCAAUUACAACUGCAGCAACAACAACAACAACAACAACAACAACAACAACAACAACAACAACAACAACAACAACAACAACAACAACAACAACAACAACAACAACAACAACAACAACAACAAAAACAACAACAACAACAACAACGACAACGGCAACAGCAGCAACAACAACAAAGGGCAGAAGUCUUCCAGCCGCAGCCGCAGCCACAACAGCAGCAACAGCAAAAGCAGCAGCCACAACAGCAGCUGCAACUACAAUUGCAACCUGUCCAAGGGCAGCUGCAGAAGCAACCUAACCAAUUUGUUCAACAACAGAGACUGCAGUUCGGCGACGGUCCGUUGGCGCUUCUGCCGCAAUUCGCCCAGCAACAGACACUGCAGCAACAGCGAGUGAAUAGGCAACCACAACCACAGUCGUUCGGUUAUGGGUUGUCAGUGCCCAGACUCCCGGGAGACCUGGACGUGGUGUAUAAGGUGUUGGCUUUGAAUCACGAGGGCAGAAACGACAACGCGGUCGGGCCUCAGCCGUUGUUGUUCUGAUCGGCGUCCGUCUGCAUGCGGUCGGCGAUCCAACGACGGUGGCGAUUAUCGUUAUAACAUUAUUGUUGUUGUAUCACCACACAAGUUAUUGUUUUUAUUUUUCAAAAUAUUUUUAGUCGAUUCGUUUCCUCCACACCACUUGCAAGGCCGGACCCGGCACAACAAUAUAUUGUAAUGACAUAACACCCUAAGCAUUCGCUCAUGAUAUAAUAAAUUAUUAUUAUUGUUUUCUAAAACACGUAAAAAUUAGUUAUUAAUAUUAACAUAAAAAUGCGAUUUUUUUUAUAACCAACCAGAGAGGCACUAUUUUUUUACGGGCAUUAUUUUUUAUUCUAAACGCUCAUCAAACGUUUUUUUUUUUUUUAAUAAUUUGAUAGUCUAAUUAUCUGUAUUUUUUUUCUUUAAUGACCAUCGUAGCCGGGCGAACGGUUUAUUUUAUUAUUAUGCAGUAUGUAAUUUAAUAAUAAUAUUGUUAAUCUGUAUUCGUGUUUUUAUGAAGUGUCGUAUAUUUUGUACUUUGUAAUUAUUGUAAAAUUAAUUAAUAUACUUUUCGAAAAUGCAUUAUUAUUAUACUUAGGUAUUUA